AGCGCAGAAAAUUAUUAUGAUUGUUGAAGCAUUGUGUACACUUAUCACAGAAAGACACGUGUGACUACAAUAGUAGUGUUGUGGCAUGUUUGUCAUUAAAUGACUAUUUAGCGAUUGAUUCAGCAGUCGUCCACCGGAUUUUUUAAUUUUAACACACGUAGCUCUAGUUUUAAUCAUGAAUACUAAUCAAGUAAUUUUUUCACUUCUUUUCGUACUGCCUAUAUUGGCAACUUCUGCUGAACACCUGGACUUGAAGCAAGUCAAAUGUUUGAUUUGCAGAUCAAUUGUGGAUGAAUUUCAAAAUGAGGUCAAUAAAAUUGAUCCAACCAAAGAAAUAGAAAUUGGACAAUAUAAAUUAGAUGACAAAGGAAAUUCUCACCAAAAAAAAGUUCCUCUAGCAAAGUCUGAAGUACAUUUAUCAGAUGUGCUUGAUUCUAUUUGUAAAAAAAUGCAAGAUUAUGUCAGAGCAAAAUAUAAAUCAAAUGGUAAACUGACUUUACUUAAAUUGAUAGAAAACGGUCAGAUGAAUCCGUUGAUGAAUGAAGUAGACAUUAUCCAAGAUGGUGAUUUAAAUAAGAGUCUGGAAUACUUUUGCGAAGAAGUUGUCAAUGAUUAUGAAGACAGCUUGAUCAAAGUAAUGACCCAGGGACAAAGAAAUCCUAAAUUAAAAAUUUGUCUAGAAGAAUCAAACUAUUGUAAAGGUUUUAUGGAUGAACACGAUGAUGAGAGUGAGGAUGAAAGUAGCGAAAGUAUUGAAAAAACCGAACUGUAAUUAAGAUACAAUUGUACAUACCAAUUGAACAGAAAUCUAAAGUAUAUUAAAUUAUUACUUAAUUAAAAAAAAAAAUAAUGUUGUU